CGCUUCUUGUCUUAAGAGUUGGCCCGAUCCUUCCUUCCCUGUUGCCGAAGGUGAAAUUUGUCUCAUUGCCUGCUGUUUUUGCUUAUGCUUUUCUGCAUUGAAUUCUUGAAUCUGUGAUUGAGGGACUGCAUCCAUAUGUUCAUGUCUGAAUUGCUAGUAUAUUGUGUUUCUUUUGUGCGUUGUUUAGUUCCUGGAUCUCAUCCAGUACGAUCCAUAUGUUUCUGUUAAAGAAUCAAGCUUUGAGGAGGGUAGAGGUGAAUUAGAUGAGACAGUAGCAAUAAGCAUGAAAUGAAGAUCCCUUUUUUAUGCUAUCGAGCGGAUUCUGGUGGACGAUAUGCAGUUCAUAUCGUUCCCAGAUUCUAGUCUCAGAGUCAGCGACAGAGAUGCGAACCAUCCAGUGUGGAACAAAUAGUUUCAGUAAUAAUCAGAAAAAGUUCCCUUUUUUGAUGCUAUCGAGGCAAAUUCUAUUGGACGAUGUGGAGUUUUUUUUUAUUAUUGAUGUAAUGGGAUUGGAAAUAGGGUAUCUCUUUGGUUCAAGUUGGAUAUCUAGGUGAAUAAUUUUGCUACUUUUUCAAGGUUUGGAGUUCAUGAUAGUGUGAUCAAUUUUGGUUGUGUAUUAUUGAUAAGGCUAGUUACAUAUUUAUCUCGUAUGUUUCAUCUUAGUCUUUAUUUAAGCUUAAGGUUCUCACAGGGACAACUUCUAAACUGUUGCUUCUUGCAGUUUCAUUCAUGUCAUCUGGUUAUGCUUAUUGACUUUUACAUAGUAAAUUUUCCAUUAUUUAUGGGUUUGGUGUAGCAACUGUUGGUGCUCAAAUUCUGGUUAAUGUGACUUGAACUAUAAAUGUCUAAUACUUGCUAGAAACUGUUAUUCCUUUUUCCACUUUGAGAUUGUAACAUACUUAUUCUGAUUGAUAUACUAAUUCUGCUUAAGAACACAUUAAAAUGCUACUGACUCUGUUGUGUGUUAUGCAAAGUCAACUGUCUUGUAGUUUUAUCCAAUACAGAAUUUGCAUUUUUUUUUAAAACCCUAUACAACUUUAGCUGUAAAUGUAAGCAAAAGAUGAUCUUGUAGAAGCCCUCAAGAGUCAAGGUAUCAGCAUAGGUUUUGGCUUAGCUGCACAAUUUCCAGUUUGUGCUGCAGGUGUAGUUGUUGACUAAUAAGCUUCUUACCCAAUUAAGUUGAAACAGUUUUAUGUCCUAUGAUGUCAUCAUUUCAAGAAGAUAUAUAUGGCUGGUGCCAACUUUUUUGUACUUUGGUUAGGAACUUCUACUUGCCAUUUAGUUCACAACGUUCCAUGGUGCACCUUUUUCCUAUUUGCAUGACAAAAGUCACUUCUCCUUAUCGUUAUAGAUUGUAUGGAAUGCUAUGUUUUUCUUCUUUUUGAUUGGCAUUUCACUUCACUUUCUGCAGUUAAUACUCGCUUGUGGUCGUCAUGGGGAAAGAGAAGGUUCAUAUCAAUAUUGUGGUAAUUGGUCAUGUCGACUCUGGGAAGUCAACCACCACUGGCCAUCUCAUUUACAAGUUGGGUGGCAUUGACAAGCGUGUAAUUGAGAGGUUCGAAAAGGAGGCCGCGGAGAUGAACAAGAGAUCAUUCAAGUAUGCUUGGGUGCUUGACAAGCUUAAAGCUGAGCGUGAAAGAGGAAUUACCAUUGAUAUUCCCUGGUGACAAUGUUGGUUUCAACGUGAAGAACGUCGCCGUCAAGGAUCUCAAGAGAGGCUUUGUUGCAUCCAAUUCCAAGGAAGAUCCAGCUAAGGAGGCUGCCAGCUUCACUUCUCAGGUCAUCGUCAUGAAUCACCCUGGUCAGAUUGGCAAUGGCUACGCCCCGGUCAUUUGCCACACCUCCCACAUAGCGGUCGAGUUUGCUGAGCUCCUCACCAAGAUCGACAGGCGAUCCGGAAAGGAGCUUGAGAAGGAGCCGAAGUUCCUGAAGAAAGGUGAUGCUGGCUUUGUGAAGAUGAUUCCCACGAAGCCCAAUCCACCCCUUGGACGGUUUGCUGUGAGGGACAUGAGCCAGACUGUGGCCGUGGGAGUGAUCAAGGGCGUCGAGAAGAAGGAUCCCACCGGUGCCAAGAUCACCAAAAGUAUGGAUGGCUAUCGAUUCUUCCGAUAGUCAUAUGGAACUUUUAAUAGUGGAUAUAGAUUCCUUUCUAACACUAAGGGAGCACUUACUAAUAUGGACUAUUCAUC